GGAGUCUCCGCCCCCUGCCUUCUUAGUUCCCCCUCCCCUCCGCCUCCUUGUUAGUAGUUUUCCAGCGCUUGUCCCGGUGACAGCCCGUCUGUUGUCCCUGUCGUGUGAUGCCAAGACUCCAGGAGCGUGAUCCUGUGAUGGCCGAGGAGCUGGAGGAGCAGUCUCAGAGUUGGUUAACUGGCUGGAUCCCAUCUUGGUGCCCGACCUCUAUGUCUCAAUUAAAAGCUGUGGAAUCACGGAUUCUUCAAUGUAUCCGGAACAGAUUUUCUGCUCGCUAUGUCUCCCUGCCUGAUCAAAACAAGAUCUGGACACUGACAGUGAGCCCCGAGCUUCGUGACAAGACUCCACUAGUGAUGGUUCAUGGAUUUGGUGGAGGAGUGGGCCUCUGGAUUCAGAACAUAGACUCUCUGAGUGCUCGCCGGACACUUCAUGCCUUUGAUUUGUUGGGAUUUGGACGCAGCUCUCGACCAAACUUCCCCAGUGAUCCAGAGGGAGCAGAAGAGCACUUUGUUUCAUCCAUUGAGCAGUGGAGGCAGGAAAUGGGAAUCAAGGACAUGAUUCUUCUGGGCCACAGUUUAGGGGGAUUUCUAGCAACAUCCUAUUCCAUGAAAUACCCUGAGAGAGUGAAGCAUCUUAUUCUCGUUGAUCCCUGGGGCUUCCCUGUUCUACCUACAGACCCCAAUGAGGUGCGUUCUCCCCCAGCCUGGGUGAAAGCCCUGGCUACAGUUCUUGGCCGAUCCAAUCCUUUGGCAGUUGUCAGAGCAGCAGGACCUUGGGGUCCCAGACUGGUGCAGAGAUUUCGUCCAGAUCUGAAGAGGAAAUUUGAAGAGUUCUUUGAAGAUGAUACCAUCAUGGAAUAUAUAUACCACUGCAAUGCCCAAACUCCAAGUGGUGAAAGUGCCUUUAAAACCAUGAUGGAAAAGUUUGGCUGGGCUAAGCGUCCCAUGAUGUCCCGUCUUCAUGCAAUCCCAAAAGACCUCCCCAUCACAUUUGUCUAUGGAGCGGAGACCUGGAUUGAUCGAAAUUCAGGUGAAAAGGCCAAAUUGCUCCGACCUGAUUCCUACGUGAACAAUUUGGCCAUCAAAGGUGCUUCUCAUCAUGUAUAUGCAGAUCAACCAACCAUCUUCAAUGCUGUAGUUGAAGAGAUCUGUGAGACAGUGGAUUAAGACCAUCCGUUAUGGACGUCAUAAAACAUCCGAGGCUCAAGACAGUGAACAGACUACAGUGACCUGUCUGCUUAUGACCUAGAUAAUAUAGUGCCAUAUUAAUGUCCUCCGCAGCAUUGGCACCCAUUAUUGGUGACAUUCACCAACCCCUAUACUACGUGUUAGCGCUGUGUCUUAUUGAGCGGUGGGUUGCUCCUCUUUGUGAAAUACUGUAAAUACUGUAGAAAUUCGAGCCCUCACUACUGAUAUACAGGCAAUAUAUAGACCCAGAGCACAGAAUGUUCUACCUUUUGGAAGGUGCCAUCUAUAUUUUCUAGUGCUUAACAUGCAAAACAAUACUGAUUUAUAAUAUAAAUAUUCAGUUGUCCUUCUAUUCUGCCCCACAUUACUUAUAGAAGCACAGAACAUAAGCACUUGAAUGAAGAAUUUGUAAUGUACUUGAAAAGAUGUCCCCAAAUCUGAGGGGCUCACCAUGAAUGUUGAUAGAACUACCUCUUCAACCACCUGUUUUGCCCGAGUCCCGCUCGGGCAGUGGGAAAAGUAACUGGAGGGGGAGGUCUGCUUUAGCUGCUGAUAUCUCCUGAAUGGUAGCAGCUAGAAACAUGCAACUGGUCUUGUUUGAAAGCUGACAGUCCAGGCUUGGCUCUCAUACAAGACCAAAAUGACAGCUAAAGUCCAAGCAACAGAGAAGAAAUCGCUGUUAGAAAUGAAGUCAGGAAUAAUCGCAGAUAAAACCUGUUUUUACUUUCACUUUCAGCUGCAUUCACAGCAUCCCGAUUUCUAUCAGCGAUAUCUUCCCCUGUCCUGAACAUAUUGCAUUCUGGUAUAGUCUGAAAGUGUGGAGUGUCAGCUUUCAAACAAGACCAGUUGCAUCUAAAGCAGCCCUUCCCCCUCCAGUUAGCUACUUUUCCCACUGCUGAUGCUGGACUGGGGCAAAACAGUUAGGGGGUUAAGGUAACUGUAAGAAUCAAUGUCCAGGUAGAAGAUUGUGCCAUUCGUUGUCAUAGUUUGCCAAGUGUUUCCGUUUUUUUUAGUUUUUUUUUUUGACGAGUUCACUAAACCAGUUCUUACAGUUUGUAACCCUGCUUUGAAGGUUGCUUGCUUAAAUCAGACUCCAGUUGACCGGUUUAGGUUUACAUCUUAGGAAGCAGGCAAGCAAUCAGUCAUUUUUGUUAAUAUAAUAGUUUUGGCCAGUUCUUUGUAUACAGGGCUUUAGGCUGCCUCUAAUGUCUAUGCUACUGCAUUCAUAGAUACUGUGUUAGCACACAGACAGUAAGAUGAUUUUUGUUGGCUUUGCUACCUUAAAUUAUCUAACUUACUCUUCAGGCCUGGUUAAUUUUCUAUUCUAUUUAUACCCUUGUGGUCCAGAAAUAUACUGGUCUUCAUACCUUUAGUCCUUUGAGGGGUCUAUAGAGUUUUUCUCUAUAAUACUUGUAGUGCAUUCACCCCCCAAUCUAUACUUUGUAUCUGCAGAACCUCAGAUGUUCUGCGGCUAUGGGUUUGAUGUCCAGUAGCCGUGGCCUUUGGAUUACCUACCUCUACAAUGUAGCAAUCUUGAAGUGUACACAGCUCCAGUGAUGGCUCGCCACCUCAGGGCAUUUCUUUUCCCCAGAGUGCCUUGAAUAUCACUAAAGUAUUUUUACUCACUCCUGCACAAAUACUGCCAGUAAUAUUCUUUCAUAGGAUACAUGAUGAGAGUACUAGUUUUACAUCUGAAGACUUGGACCUCAGUCAAGUAUUGUUUCUCUAGAGGACCUUUUAUUGCAAUAUUAGUACCUGGCAGUGUAGGGCAUGAUGAGUAGCGCUCACCUUCUCCCUGGCUGUGACGCGUUCCGCUGCGAAUGGGCAGCUCACAGCCAGGGAGAAGGAGACGCCCCUAGAGAAACACGGCCGUCUCCUCCUCCCUGUACCAAUGCUAUUAAUUAGCAUACAGGGUGGCAAAAAAGAACGGGGGCACAGCAGGGCAACGGAGCAGCCCAUCUGAAAAAAAAUGACUGCCCCGACACUUACUCCUCCUGCCCUACAGUGCUAGGUACUAAUAUUGUAACGUCAGGACCAGUGAAAGGUCCUUUUUAAAUGGAUGAAUGAAAUCUUCCACGAGGCACAGAUAUGCUGUGUAUCUGCUUGCGGUAAAUCUGCCGCGGGUUUCAUGACCAGCAAAGUGGAUGAGAUUUUUAGAAAUUUCAUCUACGUUCUGCUGAAAUAAUCUGCAGCAUAUAUUCGCCUCCAAUGUAGAUUUGAAGUCCACAGCAUGUCUGUUUGCAAUGCAACUCUGAGCUCUGUGACAGCACUGCGUGUUACUCCUGUGGAUUUUGUCACAGUGUUUGCUUCCACAAAUUGUGACCUGACAAGUGGUUUCCAGCAAAAACCUGUGCGUUGCUGCCCCCUUGUGGUUCUCAGCUAAUUGCAAGUGAUUUGAUUAUUUUUAUUUUUUUUUCUCAAAAUCAACAUAUAUUAUUUUUUUUUUCAAGAAAUUGUUGUGACACUAUAACCACUAUAUUCUGUAAAUAUGAUAUAGGUGUAAACAAAAUUGGUUAACUUAAAAUUAGUUAAAUUGAAAUACUAAAAGUGAAAUAAUAAGUUAUUGAUAUAUUUUGAUAUGUGACAAUAUGCAGUACAAAGCCGGUGGUAAGGUGAUCUUUUACUCGUUCCACAAGCGAUAUAUGUUAUUGGUAUUGCAUAAUUGUGAUAUUUGUAAUACCGAGAGACCUCUCUCCAGUUCUCAUGGUGCAUUGUACAGUUUUGUUAACUUUCUAUUAAUAUGUAUUCUAAUAAAGUCCUUGUAAUCAUA